AUGAAACUCAACGCACUACAGAUCAAGACACUUGUAGCUGCGGUGCCCAAGUGGCAGUUUGUUCCAGCAAUUACAGACAACGCAUGUGAUAAGCUUACCAGGAAAUAUCAGUUCAGAAGCUUUGAAGAGUCCUGGUGUUUCCUCACACGUGUGGCUAUGAAAUCCCAUAAACUGGGGCACCAUCCAUUGAUAAAGAAUUUGUACAAUGUUGUUGAGCUUGAAUUAACUACCCAUGAUGUACAGGGCUUGAGUGAACUUGAUUUCAAAAUGGCCAAAUCGAUAGAGAAAGCUGCUAAUCAAUUGGGGGUCAAAGACUAG